GAAGAGCGCGCCCAGACGAGCUCGGAGUCCCGGAGAUCUGAUCCCGAGUCCUCCCAGCUCCAGGAGUCCUGGCUCGGCCGCAGCCACGCCACCCCUAAACCCCGGAUACCCAGCACCAUUCAGCGCGAGGCUCUCUCACCAGAUCUAUGGCAUUCUGACAAUGAGCAGGCGCACUCAGUUAUUGGAACAGCUGCAGUUUGUCCAGUUGAAAUGCACACCUCGAGACAUGCCCUGUGUGCAGGCUCAGUAUGGGCCCGCCCCUCCAGGCUCAGCUUACUCUGGCCAGUCCUUCAGUUACCAGAGCGACAGCUACAGCUCUGACCUCAUGACCCCGGACUACACCAAGCUGGACCUGGGAGGGGGCGAGAUUUCAGCCGCCGCCACCACCUCCCUUCCCAGCUUCAACGUCUUCGUGGAGGGGAGCUAUGAGCCCAAGUCCUCCUGCCUCUUCCAGAUGCCCUCGCACAGACCCACCAUCAAAAAGGAGGAGGAGAGCUACCCAACUACACCGCCACUGGAGGCUAUGUCCUCCUCUGCAAUGUACUUUAAGCAGUCCCCCUCUUCCCCUCCCACCACCCCAUCCCUGCCACCGCAGCAUGGCACCUCCUUCCUUUGGGACGAGCACUCCUUGGCCCCUCCAUCGCACCCUCACUCCCUGGGCUCGGGCCUGGAAACAGGUGCCCUCAAAUCUCCACGCUUUCAGCACUUUUACCAGCACUCUCCACCUCACAGCGGUGGCAACGUUGGUGGUUAUGAGAGCCUUGGAGGAGGGAUGGUCCGUACCUCUUCUUCGUCCUCUUCUUCGCCAUCAGUGUCCCACUCUCACGGUCCACCUCUGGACCAGCCCAUGUACCAGCUGCACCGUGGGGCCGGGGGCAGCAGCCUUGCCUUCCGCUCCCUGGCUCUUGGGCCUUGUGGGCCUCUCCUAGGAGACAGUCUGCCCUCACCUCCUCCUCGUGGCCCUCAAGGAGAAGGAACCUGUGCGGUGUGUGGGGACAACGCAGCCUGCCAGCACUACGGCGUACGCACCUGUGAGGGCUGCAAGGGCUUUUUCAAGCGCACCGUGCAGAAAAAUGCCAAGUAUGUGUGCCUGGCCAGCAAGAACUGUCCUGUGGACAAGAGGAGACGCAACCGCUGCCAGUACUGCCGCUUUCAAAAGUGCCUGAGUGUGGGCAUGGUGAAGGAAGUGGUACGUACAGAUAGCUUGAAGGGCCGCAGAGGCCGCCUGCCCUCCAAACCAAAGAGCCCCUUGCAGACAGAGGCGUCUCCCCCUUCUCCACCCCUCAGUCUGCUCUCUGCUCUCCUCAGGGCUUAUUCCCACUGCACACCCCGAGAGCUUGACUACAGCCAGUUCACCGCCGCCGACCCUCCCUCCUCCUCCUCUGACGCAGAGCACAUCCAGCUCUUCUACAGGCUUCUCACCAUCUCGAUGGAGACCACAAAAUGCUGGGCUGACUGGUUGCCCGGCUUCUCCGAACUUCAGCGGGACGAUCAGAACCUGCUCAUAGAUUCAGCUUUUUUGGAGUUGUUUGUCCUGCGAUUGGCUCACAGGUCCAUCCUGUCAGAGGAUAAGCUAGUGUUCUGUAAAGGCUUGGUGCUGCACCGGUUCCAGUGCCUUCGCGGCUUUGGAGAGUGGCUAGACUCUAUUCGCGACUUCUCCACUCACCUCCAGAGCUUAAACCUGGAUGCCACUGCCUUCGCCUGCCUGUCCGCCCUCGUCCUGCUCACAGACAAAAUCCCUGGUCUGAAGGACGCGAAGCGGGUUGAGGACCUGCAAAAUAAAGUCCUUUGUUGUCUCAGAGACCACCUGGGCUCCGGUUCUUCCUCGUCCUCAUCUAAGGCCGCACCUCCUCUAAAUCACGUUCUGGGAUUAAGAGCCGAGCUCCGUUCUCAGAGGACCCAGGGCCUCCAACGAAUCUUCUACCUGAAGCUGGAGGACCUCGUACCGCCUCCGCCGUCGAUCGACAGAUUCCUGGACACUGUGCCAUACUGAGUUCUCAGGCUGAACACACUGAGGAAAAAACUUAAAUUCUGUUCAGGCCUCCCCCCAUCC